UCAGACUCGCGUGGCAAGUCUGAAGCGGCUGUUGAUAACGAGAAGCCGAAGACGACCGCGUCAACACAGGCGGCCGCCGCGAGCGGGCACCAGGGGCUCAACAGUCACGGAACUGAUGGUGAGAAGGCGCCUCUGAGCGAGAACCGCCGCCAGAAGAACAACGAGGCGGCCAAGAAGUCACGCGACGCGCGACGCGCCAAGGAAGACAGCGUGGCCGUCAAGUGCGCCCUGCUCGAGGCGGAACACGUCCAGCUGCGCCUCGAAAUGGCCUGGCUCAAGAACGAGACGGCCCGGCUCAGGUACCUGCUGUACAGCAGCUAGCCGGCCAGGCCGGUCAGGUACCUGCUGUAUAGCAGCUAGCCGGUGAGGCGGGCCAGGAACCUGCUGUACAGCAGCUAGCCCGCCAGGCGGGUCAGGUACCUGUUGUACAGCAGCUAGCCGGCUAGGCGUGUCAGGUACCUGCUGUACAGCAGCUAGCCGGCCAGGCGGGUCAGGAACCUGCUGUGCAGUAGCUUGUGGGCCUGGCGGCUGGUAAGCUAUGCUGGAUCGCCGCCAGACUCGGAUGCAGCGAAGAGCUGAGAGGAAGAUCUAGUCACUUCAGAUUAUUAUUAUUAUCGUCAUGAAAUGACAAAGGAAACGGCGUUUUCGUCUCGGUUGUUGUUUGUGCUGCACUCACAUUGUGCUCCGUAUGCGGUGAUGUCCGUGUGUUGUUUUAGCAUGGGGCAUUUUGUUUAAAGUAAUGUUGAGUUGCUAGUCGAGCUCGUAUGACAGCGGCCUGAUGAGUGAUAGCAUAUACAUGACAACGUUAGGCACGUGACGAACCAGGAUGACAUCCAAUAAAUCAGUUGA